AUGAGUUCAAAAUUCGCGCUCAUCAGCAAAAAUAUAAUUUCUUCCGAGUAUCCUUUACAUAGCUUUCAACUCCCUAUCCAUGGUGCUAUAAUAAUUGAAGAUGGACUUAUCUUAGACAUAAUGCCCUAUAGCAAAAGCAUAGAAAAUUAUUUACAGCAGACUUGCAUAGUUGAAGACCUAGGCGAGCUUUUCAUAUCGCCAGGCAUCAUAGAUUUAAACGUCUCAUUUGGCUAUGAUGGGCAAUUAAUUACAACAAAAUCCGCUUUAUCAGGCGGGGUCACUUGUAUAGCAUCUUGCGAAAAAAUAAUAGAGGAUAUCUAUACAGAUAUCGCUCCUCUAGUCUAUCUUUCUGAUGAAAAUUUGCAAGAUCUCCCAAAUUUAAUUUCCAGCGGAAUUUUUGGCUUCAAAGCUGUAAUGGUCCCCCAAAACUACAAUUUUCCUAUAAUAAAUUCCCAUAUAGAAGAAGCUUUAAAGAUCAUAGGGAAUUCUCUUCCUAUUUUCGUCCAUCCUGAGUUUUUUACUGUAAAAUCUCUUAUGGAGAUCGCCCCACACCGAUGCAUUAUUCCUGAAGAAUUCCCAUCAACCCCUUCAGACUGUAAAAUAGGCGAACAUCCUGAUACAGAAGAAAGAUUUUCGUCUGAGGACGAAAUUUUGCCUUUUUCUUAUUCUCCAAAUAGCACUCCGACCACUAAAGAUAUUGGAGGGAUAAGGAGGACUUCUUUUAAGAUCCCAACGAUUAUUCAUCCAUUUGAAAUGAGUCCACCUAAAAGCCCAGAUAAGAAAAGAGGCAGUUUGCCUUGUGUUUUAAGUGUAAUUGAAGAGAAAAAUAAAAAUGAGGAGCAAGAAGAGCAUAAAAAGUCCCCAAAAAUAUCAGAAAGACACUCGAUUUUGUGUACAGUAGAGGGUUAUUCAAAACCAAUGCCAAUACAGGAUUUAAAGUGCAUUAAAAAAGAAGCUAAUUUUGAUUAUAAUUUGCAGCAUGUAGAAAGCUUUCCUGUGGAAUGAGAAAUUGAAGCUGUAAAUAGAAUACUGAACCAUGCAACUAUGGAGGCAAAAAUCCACUUUUUAAAUGUCAGCUCAAGCACUGCUAUUGAGCUUAUUAAAAGCAAUAAAACAUCUUAUAGUCACUUAACUUGUGAAACUUCUACACCCUAUUUGUAUUUUGAUACAUCCAGCAUCAAGCAGAGGGAUGGUAGAUAUAAGGUAAAUCCUCCUAUUCGGGACGCCAAAAACAACAGUUUGUUAUGAAAUUUAUUAAUGAGCCAGACUAUUGACUCUCUAUCAAGCUACCACCAGCAAUUUCCUCCAUUACAAAAAUUAGGGGAAUUUAAUGAAGCAUCUAAUGGAAUUUCUUCAAUUGGGUACUUAUUACCGGCAGUUUGGACCAAGCUAAAAAGAAUUGUCCCAGCAGAAUUUGAAAAGGAAGCCCUUGUAAAGCUAUCUAAUUGGCUUUCUAGCCUCCCAUAUUUAAAUUGGAGCAAAAUAUCGCUAAAAUUUUCAUUUUUUUAUACUUUCACUCCUUUUUAAACUGGAACAAAAUUUGUUUUUCAAUAUGAAAAUUUUAUCGAUGGAAAAUUAGUUUUGGCCUAAUUUAAUAGAAAAAAAUGAAGUAGAAUUUAUUUAAGACACUUAAUUUUUUUUAUAAAAAUAAAUUAAAAUUCAAGAAAGAUUUUUUAAAAUAAAGAUUAACACCACUUUAAAUUGACAACAGGAUUUUUUUGUUUUAAUUUAAAGGUGGGGAGUAAUAAUCCUGCGAAUAUUUUGGGGAUUAAUAGAAAAGGGUGCAUUAGGCGUGGAAAGCAUGCAGAUUUAGUUGUUUGGGAUCCUUAUGAGAAAUUUACUGUAGAAAAGAGUGAAAAUUCUUUGGAUGUUUCACCAUUUGUGGGGGAAGAACUUUAUGGAGUUGUGCUCAGGACUUAUGCGAGGGGAAAGUUAGCUUUCAGUAAGUGUACUAACUCCCUCCUUUAAAUUGUAACCAAAAAUCCUGUUCAAAUUUAAAGGGGUAUGAUUUGAAUUAUAUUUAUUUUUGUUAGGAAAUAAUUAAAAAAAUUAAUCGAUUUAAUAUGAAAAUGUUUUAAAGAGCCAAAAUUAAUUUUAUAAAAAUUAAUAAUUUCAUAUUUCAUUUUUUGUAAUACAAUACUUUGAAUUUUAUCAGUGUAUAAUUUAUUUAAAUAACAUUCUACUUGCAUUUUAUCUAUUAAAUUGGGUUAAAACUAAUUUUAUAAAAAUUAUUUUUUUUAAUCAUUAAUGUUUUUUAUAAAAAUAUAAAUUGAGCACAAUGCUUUUAAUUUUUAAUAAUUUUAUGAAGAAUUAAAUAAAAAUUAAUCGAUUCAGUAUGAAAAAUGUUUAAAUAGCAUUCUAAAAAAAUUUUUAUUUUCAGCUUUAAUAUUUUUUAAAAUAAAUUAAGUCAAAAACUAAUUUUAUAAAACAUAGCAUUCCUAUUGAAAACAAAUUUGUUCCAAUUUAAGAUGAUUAAAGUACCCAAAAUACAAAUUUUGCCGAAGUAUUUCCAAUUUAAAGGAUGGGAGUAAGCUAUCAUUUCCAAUUGGAAAAGUGUUGAAAAAAGAUUAA